AUGGCUGGAUUAUUGCGUACUACAUUAAUAUCAGAGAGUGAGAACAGUUUCUUUGACAAAUUCAACCGUAGAUCUGACACAUUGAUAGAAUUUUAUCUCCGAUAUGAGAGUGCUAUAGAUAAGCAAAGGCAUACAAACGCAAGAUUAAACUAUGAAGGAACAAAGUCGAUGCCAAGAAUGGACACGCCAUUGUUAUUGGAGAGCGAUGCAACAGAGUUGUACACUCGAACAAUGUUUUAUAAGGUGAAACACGCUGUUUUGAACAAUGACGUGCAAUGUACGUGUAAGAUGUUUGAGAAAAUGGGUAUAGUAUGUAGACAUGUUUUUUUUGCACUGAACCAAGCUGAUGUAACAAAAAUACCAAGACAUCUUGUUGUGAACCGAUGGACAAAAGGUGCUGAGAUGAGGCAUUUAUUGCAGUUCAAGGAAAUAUCAGAACAGUGCAAUGCAAUUGAAGUUACAAAUCGCAAGUUGAAUGACAUAUGGUAUGAUUUCCAAUUCUGUGUGAGUUUGGCAGGUUUAGAUGGUGAGAGACUUGACUACUUGGAAGAGAAGUUGAAGGAGUUGGAGCACAGUUUGCGUGAAUCUAGUGGGAAAUUUGACACACAAAACAAAAAUGAUGUAAUGGAGUUUUUUGUUGGCUCAAAAAUACUAGCUGAAGUGAUUGUUAAACCUCCCAUUGAAGGUAGAAACAAGGAGUGUGGACGGAGAAUUGUUGAUGAUUAUGAGAAAUCAAUUAGUCAACGAAAGAAGAAGAUGCCAAGGCUGUGUAAUAUGUACAAAAAACUCGAUUUUCAUGACACACGGACAUGCCCAUUAAAGAAAACAUUACAUCAGAGUGAUGUUUAA